CGACCUCUGCGCAUACAUCCAUCUCGUCGCCGUUCGUGCACGCCUUGCCUCCUCUGUUCUGUCGUACACCACUGAUACCUGAUUUAACGAACAUGGGCAACGCAUCUCUUGCUCCUGGAUACAAGCAAGUAGAUGCAUUUGGACCUGACGAAGACUACGAAUCCGAGGAGGAAGUUAUCUAUGUCACUCUUGACCUCGGUGCCGUCGAACCAGCUUUGGUUCCGAGCAGCUCCUCGUUUCGUCUCAUUGGUCUGGACACCCCGACCCCGUUCCUCCAACUGUCGGGGACCGUCUUCAAAGGGCAACAUCAGAGCUUGCUCGGCACGGAGCUUCUGUUCACAGACGCGAAGGACGACCAUGCGGAUCGCACCAGGAAGCCUCUUGUCCAUGUCGGCGCAAGCGAGCAACGCAUACGCUUCAAGGAGGUUGAAGUGAGAGCGAAGACGAACGAGCUCCCCGAAGACGCAGAGCAGGUGCCGGCGACGCCGCAGACGAAAGGCAAGAAUAGUAAGAAAGACAGGCUCCCGGAGACCGUACAGGAAGUGGUCGGGACCGUGGACGCAGAAGUGCAGCCUCGUCGGCGGCGAGGACGGCGACCGAAAGACAAGGGCAAAGGGAAGGAGAAGGCGGUCGACCCUACCAACGAGGCCAUGGAUGUGGAUGAUCGCGAGGAGGGUCCUUCGGCUGCGAAUACGUUGCGAGAGAAUACGGGAGACGGGAGAGCUCUGCUGUUCAAUGGUCUAGCGAUGCACCAGAAGGACCUGCAUCUGUAUCUAUGGAAAUCGAUGCACCGUAUACGACAUGACGACGAAGCCCAGAGUUCUAAAGAGACCAAGAAGAGACUCAACUGUGUGCAUCUCGACCAGAAAGGACGAUAAGGCACGAGUUGCUCUCGAACAAGUUCUUGUGGCGUCACGCCGGUCGAUGUAGUCGAUGUGAGGGGCGUCUUCAACUCGCAGCGUCACCUUGGCAGCAUUUCCACGCGCUUUAUUGAAACGCGCGAUAUGGACCCGAUGUGUACCUAUUUACAAUCCACCCAGCGAUACAUCCCGAUCCGAGAACAAUCUCCCUGAAA